AACACCCUCCAUCUGUCCCUGUCCUCAUAUAAAAACAACCCAUUGUCCCGCAAUACAAAACACUCAUAAUUCACAGGGGCUCUCCUCUCAUCUUUCGGGUGCCCACGUCUCUUCUUUUUUACACAGUGAAUUUAUCCUACCAUCAGCAAAAGCGCAAUCAUGUCUGAUGUAGAAGAGGAAUAUGAGGAACAAGCAGAGGCUGAGGAAGAGGAGGAGGCUGCAGAGGAAGCUGGAACAGAACAGCAGGAGUAUACAGAAUAUCAAGAUGAGACUCAGGAAGAAGAGGAGGAAAGACCACGACCCAAGCCCAUGGUUCCACAACUUGCCCCUCCAAAGAUUCCAGAGGGUGAGAGGGUAGAUUUUGAUGAUAUUCAUCGUAAAAGGAUGGAGAAGGACCUUCUGGAGUUACAAACUUUGAUUGAGGCCCACUUUGAGCAGAGGAAGAAGGAGGAGGAAGAGCUGAUUGGUCUAAAGGAUAGAAUUGAGCGGCGGCGGUCUGAAAGAGCAGAGCAGCAGCGUGUUAGAGCAGAGAAAGAAAGAGACAGACAGACAAGGAUCGCGGAGGAGCGCCAGAGGAAAGAGGAUGAGGAGGCUAAGAAGAGGGCAGAUGAUGAGGCCAAGAAGAAGAAGGUUUUAUCCAAUAUGGGAGCAAAUUUUGGUGGCUUCUUAGCUAAGGCAGAGCAGAAAAGGGGGAAGCGUUUGACUGGUCGAGAGAUCAAGAGAAAGACUCUUUCAGAGAGGCGUGCUCCCCUUGGCAUUGAAAACAUGCGUGAGGAUGCAUUGAGGCAGCGAGCUCAGGAGAUGUGGAACUGGAUUUAUGAGCUGGAGUCUGAGAAAUUUGACCUCUUGGAUCAAAUGAAGAAACAGAAGUAUGAGAUUGUUGUUUUGCUGAACAGGAUUUCUCACGCUCAAAAGUUCAAAAAAGGUCAUGGAAAAGGAAAAGUCGGAGGCCGCUGGAAAUAAGAAACUGCAAAAAUAAGGAAAGAAAACAUGAAUCCAUUUAUUUAGUCUCUCAAAGAUGUGAAACCAUCAGAAAUGCAUUUCAAAUCCCUUUCAGACCUGAUGUACUUGGAUUAAUCUCUUUGGCUUGUAUUAUUCUAAUUUGUUAGAUAUUUUGGAUAAAGUCUCUGCAAAACAAAUAAAUGUAAAUGUCAAACUGCA